AUGGAUUGGGACUAUUAUAUUGACAUUAAUUUUCCCGAGCUGAACAACGACAGUAAAGAAGAGUUGUGCUCGCAACUUUCAAAAUGUCAGGUGGACGCAGAAGCGACGGACGAAGAGUUAAAAAAAGUUUUUGCGUUGGCGCAAAAAUUACUCCAGUUCCGUGGAAAUCAGAUUGAAGAAAUUAAAAAUGAACACGCAGCCACCAUCGAAAAAAUAAGGCAGGAAUAUGAUGAGCUUGAAAAUCAGGCGUCGUCAAGUAAAAGGGCCCGCAAAGCAAGUGAGGCAAAGCAAGAAGCGGCCCGGUUGUCGAAGCAAAAUAAAGAGCUUUUGGCCGAAUUAGAGGUUUUGAGGAGGAGAAACAAAGGAAAGGACCCUAUGAUGGACACCGAGGAGGACGAAUAUAGGGCAGAGAAGGAAAAGCAAAAAAUGAAGAAAACUGUAGAGUUGCAAACAGAGCACAUUGGCAGUUUGCUAUCAGACUUGGAGAAUACGGAGGCUGAGAACGCUAGUCUGAAGCAGCAUUUGUCAAACCUGCGCGACAAGCUGGCUGAGGCGACAGAGGCUUUGGCUGAAACAUCGGCAGAUCUCACGAACAGCCAGAAAAUCAAUUUGGAAUUAAAAAAUCGGUUUGGAGAUUCAAAAGAUGAGAUCGAAAGCCUGCGAAGACAAAUAUCAGAAUUGGUUGAGCAAAGAAGUCUGCUUGAUUCACAACUGCUUCAGUUUCAGCAUGCAAUGGAAAGCAGGGUGGACACGUGGAAGAAUUUGAUGGAAAAGAAGGAUGGCGAAAUCUCAGAGCUACGACAGCAAGUGCUCUUUUCCAGGCCAGAACAAUAUGCUCAUUUGCAAGAAACAGUUUCUGCUCUCACUCAGUCAAUGGCUAUAAGAGAUCAGCAAGUGAACGAACUCAGCACGCGUCUUUCAGAAGCAACAAAGGAUUUAGAAGAGAGCACCGAAGCCCUGGAAAAACUACGAAGCAACAAGGGUGACGGCGAAUCCAGAAAGCUGUGGCAACAACUGCAAAGGGCAGUCAAGCGAGAGAGAACGCUUGAAAGUAGAAUUGAAGAGGCUGAGAGAGAUGCCCUAAUAAGAGGAGAACAGGUGACUGAGCUAUCGACUCAGAUACAAAAACUGGAGCAAGGAGAAUUUGGCCUGCCAGAAGCUUUGGCCGAAUCGCGGGAGAUGAAAAGGAAUUUGGCGGUCAGGGACGCGGAAAUUGCGCGUCUGAUAAAAACGACGAAUCAGCUCCAAGCCAGUCUAGACGAGAUUGCCGACCAAAAUUUGGCACUCAGAGAGCGAUUUGGUAUUGCCGACGAGGAGGUUGACAUCAGUGGCGUGAGAGAUAGAAGGGCCAGCGAACGGCAAAGAAUAGAGUCUCUAUUAAAACAAGUGGCGGGAUUGGAGCAAGAGAAAGUUACACUCAAACUUCAACUCCGCGAAGCUAGAAAGGGAAAAGGAGUUUUGGAUCAAGACGAUAAGCAAUCGCUGCAGAGGGAAAGCGAGCAAAUUGACUUUAAACUUAUUGUUGAAGAAAACGAGAGUCUGCGAAAGGGGAUGCACGAAAUUCUGGAAAGCAUCAGAAACCAAGAUGCCAACAGUGAUGUGCAUCUGGAAUCAAACUGCCUAGAACGACUUUUAGAGGCCUUGGAUUCUCGACAUGUGGCCGGAUGGUACCACCCUGCAAUGAGGCUGCAGGCCCAGUUGCAUAAUGUCCAAGGCGUUGCUUCAGAACUGAGGGAGCAGUUAAGGAUUUCUAGGGAACAAGAGAAUUUGUGGAAACAGCAAGUUGGCAGUCUAUUGGAACAAAACAUUGGGAGCGCUGCAACGUCCAAUACGAAUAUAGGGCCAUCAAAUUUGAAAAGGACAAACUUUGAUUUUCAGCCACAAAAACAAUUACAUCAAGAAUGGAAGUCUAAAAUGCACACCUUGCAAGAUGAUCUGAAGGGAUUGUUUAAAGAGGUGUCAAAAAGUUUGCCGCUAAUCGCACAUUCUAGGAAAGAACACGAUGAGGAGUUGAGUGCAAAAAUGAGCGAUUUGGAGGGUUCUAUUGAAGAGUACAAGCGGCACUUGGAGGAAGAAAAUCAUUCUGUCGCUGUUUGUGCUGCAAAAUGUGCAACGCAAAGAAUAGCUGAGAGAUUUGCGCUGAGAAAGUGUCACGGCCUGGAGGCUGCAAGAAAGAGGCUCAGUGAGGAUUUGGAAAAUAAAUCUGUCGAAGCCAUCAAAUGUGAGGCAAAACUGGAGAAAGAAAUUGCUAAUUUAAGAGAAAAUGAGGUUUUGUUAAGAAAUGAGAAUAACAAAUUGGCCGCUCUACUUGAAAGCUGUGUUCCUGCGGAUGAGUUCAGAUCAACACAACAAGAGUUGGCAAAGACGUCGGAAGCACUGAGAAAAUGCUUGCUGGACACAAUGAGAGGAACCGAUGACAGCAAAGCUGAGCAAAACCAUCUAGAAAAAAUUGCACAGCUUGAAACGCAAGUUAAAAAUCUCGUUCAAGAGUUAGAAAAAGACAAAGCUUGUCUCCACGUUCUGCAGGCGCAAGAGCAGUUUCCGGAUGUUGAUCAACAAGUACAAAUACUGGCUCAAAAAAUUAGUGCGCUGGAAGUUAAUGAGGCGGUAAUCGCGAAAAAAGCUGAGCAUGCGGAAAAAAUGUAUCAACUUGCGAAAGCUCAAGUCAUUGAAUUGGAAAAUGAAAAGAGGGAAUUUGAACAGAUGCUCUCUCAGCAAUACUCAAUCAAAGACUUGGAGUUGCCCAUAAUGCAGCAAAAGCAAAACGUUGAAAUUCGUGAGGACUUUGCUAAAAUUGAAAAACUUGAGACGUCUCUUGUAUCAGCGCAGAAACAAAUUGAGUCCCUUCAGAACUUGCAGAACAACAGAAAUUUUGAAAUGGACGCUAUGAGAGAACUAAACCAAGAGCUUCAAAGCUCUGGUGACUUGCAAGCGACGUUAGGUCGCAUGACCGAAGAUAUUCUGGCUCUUCGACUGGAGUCAGAAAAUUUAAAAUUCAAAUUGCAAGAGAGCGAUAAAAAAGAGCUACAGCAACAGAGACGCAGUGUGGAAUUGGACGUUGUUUUGAACAAACUGCAAAAAGAAUUGAUUGAUCGCUCAGUAGAACUGCAUAAAAGAGAACGAAAUCUGAAAGGCAAACUGGUGUCAAUUUGCUCGCGGCAUACUGCUUGUGUUCCGCUCUCUACGUUUGAGUUGGCAACAAGGUGGUUGAAUGCAGCAAGGGAGGACGUGGAAAAAUUACAAAAUCAGCAAAAUGAGCUGAACUCAAAACUCGACUGCAUAGAACUUGAACGGGAAAAAUUAAAGCUUGAAUGUUCAGAAACUGAAAACAAAAAUUCCCAGCCUGAGCAGCUGCAAGAAUGGCAUACAAGAAAUGUUCAUUUGCGGAUAAAGGAAUUGGAGAGCUCAAGGAAAGCUGAAAAGUUGGAAAAGGAAUGUGAGGAGUUGAAAUGCCAAGUUCUGAACCUAAAAAAUCACGCUCGAUCUCUUGAGGACGAAAGGCUCGCUUUGGAAAAAAAUUGGGAACAGCGACUAAUGCUGUUGGAAUAUGAAAAAUAUGUUGACGGUGGAGGUGGAUUUGUUAAGCCAGCAGAAGAAAAGUCCAAAGAACCUGAUUUGGUGGUUGAGGAACUGGAUGCUGCGCGGGAACAGUCAAAAGAAAAGCACCCAAAUAAAAAGUUUAUCAGAAGAGGAACUUUCACUUCGCUGAAUGACAACGUGGAUGUUUUGAAAAAAGAGCUGCAAAUGAAAGAGGACAGAAUUUCUCAUUUGGAAAGAAUGAUGGAUGGGCAACAAGGCGAUUCUAGGGCUAAACUAGCCCUUGAGGCAAUGGUGGCCAGUUUGUCCGAGCUUGUGUCCCUGAAGGAGGGAGCUGUUACUCGUGCACGGCAGCGUUUGAAAGAAGCCAACGAUGACAAUUCUGAGAUGACCAGAGAACUUCGGCGACAACUUAUUGAGCUGCAAAACUCUAUGGCGAAGCUGCAAGGGAGUAGAGUAAUGGAACAAGUCUCGCCUGAAAUAUCGCAAGGGCCAACAAUCACCAAGCUGCUGACACAAGUUCACACUCUGGAGGACGAAAUCAGAGUGUCCAACCACAGUGCCGCAACUUUAGCUGGACAAUUGAGGUCUGUGAGCAGCGAAAUGCAGCGGUGGAAGGAUUUGGCCGAAGCAAGACAAACCAAACUGCAAGCAAUUCAAGACAGGUAUGAAGAGGAAGUGAGUCAAGCAAUUGUCAGCAGAUUAUCAAGUAGCAGCAGAGUUGCUGAAAAGUCCGAGACAGAAAUGUCAGAAAAAGAACUAACUUCGACGCGUACACACCCUGAGCUCCAAAGGUCACGUCAGGAAGUGGAUAAUUUGCGAGAAAUGGUCGCUCAGAUGCAGGAACAGAUUAAAAAGCUGCAGUCUAAAGUCUCGGAAAGAAGACGGUCCCAAAGCUCACCACGGGAAAAAACAUCAAAGAUUUUGAUCGAACCUGCUCAGAGGAUAAUUGAGAAACCACCUAUGCAGCCCAGAUUUGACAACUCGAAAGCGGCCGCUAUUAUUGGCAAGCUGCAAACGCAAGUCAAGCAGCUCCAGGAGGAAAUUGACACAUUUAAAACCAGAGAGCAGAUUUAUCUGGACCAGAGUAAAGCAAAAACCAGUGAAGUUGUAUCAAGGUGGGAGGAAAGGAAAAAUCUGCAGGCAAAAUGUGACAAGUUAAAACAAAAAUUAGACGAAUCAGAGGCGACAGCUAAAAAACUUAAAGAGAGCAACCAGGCGUUGAGAGCUUUGAUCGAGCGUUUGGAACGCGAGAAGAUUUUACUGGAUCAGCAAUUAAGGAGAAAAUCCAAGGCAGUCAACAUAAUAGCUCAGCCGGCUCCCAUUGAGGCGCAAAUGAGCAAAAUGAGGAUGAAAUUGGCCUCAAGUGAAGAAGAGUGCGCCUCUCUGCGACGGCAGUUGGAGCACCACAAAAGGGUAUCUGAAGACGUCCCUCGGUUGAGGGCGGAACUGGCCACUUUGAGAGGGAAGUACGAGACCCAAAGAGAGGCGGCAGUACAGAUGCAAAGCAAAAUCGCACGUCUCGAAGCUGCAAAUUUGGAACUGAAUCUCAAAAUAGACGAUCUGGUCACUUCUGAUGGAAAUGGUUAUAGAGGAGAUAGCAGUGACGAUGGCGGUAUGUCCAAAGAGGAGCUUCAAAGAUCGGUUUUGAUGCUUGGACAGCACGUCCGGAAAUUGCAAGAGAAACUCAGGGAUGCGCGAGAUAAUGGCUCUGCGGAAUCUGCAAGUGCAGAAACCAGUCAGAAACUGCAAUCAGCAUUGAGAAGGAAGCUUUCGUUAGAAAAUGAAGUUUCUCAAUUAAAAAGGGAGCGAUCAGAAUUGUGUUCUCAGCUGAACCAGAAAGUAAAAAUUUUGGUAGAGGUGCGAGCUGCUUUGCAAGAAGCGUCUUUAAGGGAGGCAGCACUCAAGUCAGAGGUGGCACACUUUCGGCGGUCACCCCAAAAAUAAAAAAUAAAUCAAAC